CAGACACGGGACGUUUAAAUGUUCACAUAAAGCUGAAUUUUGUGUGGACGGGACUCUUAUUUUGGCGUGGCGGUGUGACGUCAUAAGGCCGCGCCGCGCGCUGCGUCUGUUUCAGCUGCAGAAAGACCUUCUGGUGAGAGAGGACCGAAGAGGAGAUGUGUUGAGAGCGUGUCCGAUCCAGCAGAAGAAGACCCGAGGAUCUGGAGUCAGCUUCAGUGACCGAGAGUAGAGCAGUCUCUGAGUGACCGCUGCUGAAACCUGACUGGUUAGUGUCCAGUGGGGUACUCUGUGAGGAGCAACACCUGAGGAUGCCUGAGUCGAAACAACUCUUUCAUGUGUUCAUGACCGUAAUCUAUUAAACAUUUACAUUAAACGUAGUUCUAGUUUUGAGUGUCUGUUAUAAAAUUGAUCUUCAUAAACUUAAUGUCCCUCUGACUGACUCCCUUACUAGUGUGCUGAACGAGGGAACACUGUUAAUGAUUCUCGUCUCAGUCACAGAUAAACUCCUGCUGAAGAGGCUGAGGCCACUGUCAGAAAGAUGGCCUUGAUUAAAGAGGAGCGAGAAGACGUGGCGAUUGAAGAAGCGUUUCCCGUCAAACGAGAAGAGACCGAGGAACACACAGAGAAGACGUUUAUUAAAGAGGAACGGGAUGAGGUUAGAGUCAAAGAAGAAGACCCCGAGGAGCAAUCAGAGAUGGCGUUCAUUAAAGAGGAGAUGAGAGAGGUGACGGUUGAAGAAGACUUUCUGGUGAAACGAGAAGAUGAGGAGCAGACGGAGAUGGCGUCUAUCAAAGAGGAAAGGAGAGAGUUGACGAUUGAAGAGUUCAGAGUCAAACAUGAAGACACCGAGGAGCAGACAGCACACGAGGGGAGCUGCUGUGAAGUGUCCCGCUGCGGAGGGGUUCAGCCGUACAUGUUCGAGCCGGAGUCGGAUCCCGAGUCUGAAGACGAGGACGGGAGCGCUCCUCAAGUCCCUCGAUCUCUGCAGCCCGUGACGUCCUGGUGUUCCUGCAGAAACUGUGCUGCUAUGACAACAGAAAAAGAGAAUAUAUGCUGUUUGGAGAUUCCUCAGGUUGUGAGGAGGAUGAAGCAGGUUUCCGAGGCUCUUUCCUGCGUGACCCUUCACCCGGGCUUCGAGCCGGUCUGUCUGAAUGUGUAUUCCCUGCAGAAUGCUCUUAACCUUUACAAAGCUGACUAUGGGCCCCUGAGACUCCGAGGAAGACACCGGCGCCGCAGACUGUUGGCCCUCAGGAGCCUGGUGAGCUGGUGCUGGGGCCCCGCGGGCCGGACGCUCGGGGUGUGUGUCCCGUCCUGCGUCCUGCUGAGGAUACGCCGGGAGUUUCCUGCGCUCGCCUCCAGAGACACAGAGAUGGCGGGGUCACUCGGCUGAGAUCGUCCGGACAGGGGUUUAAUUGAAGAUGUGUUGUCUGUUCAUGAUCAUACAGUCUAUAAAACAGAGUUUAUUCAGUGUUUUCUGGGGAAAUCACGGCCCUGCUUUAAAUCCGUGUUUUGACACACACACAAAGCAAUAUCUGUAAUCGUGUUCUGAAUGCUGUACGGCUUUGAAGACGUGGAGGUGAUGUUUAUUUUGGGGAGGAGUGUCUCUUUAAGGAUGUGUCUGUCGUGAUAAACACAGGAGGAGAGAGAGUUUGGUCCCUCUUAUUUCUCCCACCUUGACUUUACUUCUUCAUUUUGAUAUGAUUUUAAAUGCUGUAGUUUAUAGUUAGUUUAUCUAUUAAUAUCUAUCUCUUUAUAUAUCUAUCCUGUAGCUAAGUCCCAGAUUUCACACACACACACACACACACACACGCACGUUAUAUAAAUAUAAGGACGAUAAUCAUAAUUACAAUGAAAGGUUUAGGUAAAAACUAAUUAUAUAAUAUUUAUAUAAUAAUCUAAAAAACGUUUCUUAACAUUUCUUUAUCAUGGUAAUUUAUACGCAGUUUUAAAUGAACGUGCUGUUUAAUAUAAAACACGUUGAAGGCUGACUUCCGCUCAGACCGGAAGCGCGAGCUUUAGCGCUUCCGCUGCUUUCGGUUGUGGUUCGCUUCUAGCGGCUUUCUGCUGAAGAAAGAACUAGAGAAAGCCUCAGAACGAAUGGAGCUCUCAAGGAUUCGUCGGUCUGGGCCGUACACGGGAUAAAAGACAGGAUCCCUUCAAGUGAAGGAGUCCUCAUAUCAAGAUCAGAUAUUUAUUCUCAUCUCAAACCCUCGCUGAAGAGACCGAGGCGCCGUUAUAAAGAUGGCCUUUAUCAAGGAGGAGAGAGAAGACGUGAAGAUCGAAGAUGAACCAGAAGAUCUUGAGGAGAAACGAGCGGAGAUAUCGUUUCUUAAAGAGGAGCGAGGAGACGUGAAGAUGGAAGAAACAGGUUGGUUUAACUCUUUCUGGAAGAGUUGGAUAUUAUUUUCUGAGGUAGAGUUUAACGGAAGUGUGCGCACAAUGAAGUAAUGUUCCAGUAUUUGAUUGACAGGACAGCUAACCAAUCACAAAGAUCUCCUCUUCUGAAAAUGUUUAUUUGCUAACAUCAGAAACGGUGAAUCUGCUGUUUGUGUGUAAUUUUUUGGUUCACGCACAUGGAUAUAAAUGUGAACUAUAAUCACCAAGCUAUCAGGUUAGCCACAUUCUGCUUUAGCGUCAUAUAAAAAGACAUACAUAUAAAAAUGUUCAUUUCCAAGCAUCACAUAAUAUUAUACAAAUGUGUGUGCUCACGCCACACACACACACACACACAAGACCAUCAAACCUGUGAGAAAAUUAAUUUCUGUGAUUGAGCUUCUGUCCAAAACACCAAAGCUAUGCUGAGGACGGUGUCUAGCGAAAGUAUUCAUACCCCUUAUUUGUUUGGAACAACAUGAGGGUAAGUAGAGGUGCCAAAAGUAGUGCGUUAUUUUUCUCUUUGUGUCUCAUUUUAUUAACUUAAAAGCUAUUUAUUUAUUUCUUCGAAAAAACUAAAAGUUGUCAUUUACAAGUGUUUCUGUUGAACAUAAAAGCUCUUCUGAGGAAUGUGGGAAACCAAAGGGAUGAUGAUCCUGGAGUCUUGUGCGUCAUCACACUGUUGUUCACGUCAGAGACGAUUGCUGGGAGAAGUCAGCAUGUAACCCUGCUACUGAUGUGUCGAGUGCCUGUUAGUAGAGAUCUGAGGAACGUUUAAGAAGACAACUCUGCAGGUCUCCUUUCUAACAAGAGGCUUGAAAUCGAGGUUGAUCCGUCCACAGAACAUUGUUUCUCAGAGUCUGAGGGCACUUUAGGUGCUCCUUUGCAAAUGUUUGUGUAUGUUUCUCUAUCUCUACAUAUGAUGAUGGAGCUCAGCUAGAGCGACCAUCGGCUUCUUAGGCACCACUCCAACCCAAGUCCAGCGAUUGCUCAGUUUGGCCAAAAGGCCAGAUCUUCACCAGAUUGAUGCUGUUUCUGAGCUCUACAGCUUUUUUUUCUUUUAGCUUUUAGACUUUUUAUUAAGAUGUGUGAGCGUUUCCAAAUCAUAUCCAUUCAGAUUAAUUUGCCAUAGGGUAACGUCAGAUAAGGGUUUUAAUACUUAUGCAAUAGACUCACGUUAGUCACUAUUACUGCAUAUUAUUGCUCUUUUGUUGGUUUUGAUUGGUUCUGUUGUCUUAAUUAGUGAUUUUUUGGUAGACUCUGGUAAAUGCCCAAAUGUAACUUGAACAUAUAGUUGACAAAGCUAAUAGUUAACUCCCCAGCUACAGAUUAACACAAAUAUUUGCUUGCUCCCAUAAAUCUUUGGCGGUAGUUUACGUCAAGGUUUAUAUCAAAUUAUUGAAAUUAAAUAAACUGCCUGAUCCUGA